UACAUCCUCCUCACAGAGCUGUGAAGUUUAGGUACGUGACAGCUCUGCCUACAUCUUACGUCCAGAAUGCCUGUGUGUCUGUAUGUGUCUCUGUUGAAUCGCCAGAAUCCUUCUUAGGGGUUAAGCUAAAAAGCUAGGAGAAGAGCCCCUCUCCAAUGGGCUCAGUUUUGCUGAAUAAUCACGUGUGAAUCGAGGGGCGGGCUUUUGGCAGGCCGACCUUACUAGUAUUUACUACCAAGCUCUACUCCAGAUUAACCAUCCCAGUCCUUCUGUCAGCCUCCGAUGCCACCAUGCAGCCUGAUUAAGAGCCAAGGAAAGGGGAAAAGGAGAAGCAACUAAUCGUCUUUUCCCGAUCGUCAGGACCCUAAAGAAUGGCCGAGCCUUGGGGGAACGAGUUGGCGUCCGCAGCUGCCAGGGGGGACCUAGAGCAACUUACUAGUUUGUUGCAAAAUAAUGUAAACGUCAACGCUCAAAAUGGAUUUGGGAGAACUGCGCUGCAGGUUAUGAAACUUGGAAAUCCGGAGAUUGCCAGGAGACUUCUACUCAGAGGUGCUAAUCCCAAUCUGAAAGACCGAACUGGCUUCGCUGUCAUUCAUGAUGCAGCCAGAGCAGGUUUCCUGGACACUGUGCAGGCCCUGCUGGAGUUUCAGGCCGACGUUAACAUAGAAGAUAAUGAAGGAAACCUGCCCCUGCACUUGGCUGCCAAAGAAGGCCACCUCCCUGUGGUGGAGUUCCUGGUGAAGCACACAGCCAGCAACGUGGGGCAUCGGAAUCAUAAGGGGGACACCGCCUUCGACGUGGCCAGGUUCUAUGGAAGAAAUGAGGUCAUUAACCUGAUGGAGGCAAAUGGGGUCGGGGGAGCCACAAAUCUACAGUGAGUGCGGGGAGGCCUUUCCCACGCGGCCUUUACUUUGUCAGUUAGUUGGCUGUCCUGACUGGUUUACUAUCAUUGUUAAAAUAUAAGGUCUUGUUUUCUUUUUCUUAUUUUGAGCAACUAGCUAAAUCCUUUGAAAUUGCCUAAUUGGAAAUCUCACUACAAGUUUAUGAAAUAUUUAAACAUCUUUUUCACUGUCAAAAUUCUGAUUUCUAACAUGUAAUUGCAAAUAGCUACGCCUUUCUUCUGGAUAUUUUAUCUGUGAUUUUUUCUUUGUUUCCCUUUGCCAGUGUCAGCGCCCGACCUGUAGACCUUGUUUUAAACAUUACUUGUCCUGAUGCAUCUUUGCCUAAUUAAAGCACAUCUUCAGAGAAGGA